AUGCCAAUUGGGCCCCUUUCUGGGCCUCCGCCAGCACAAAGCACGCUCGCGCUGGUUGAUCUUCCUGACUGGGCCAAAGAGAUCGACUCUGUGGACGCGACUGAGGAAGGAUAUGAUGCAUGGUGGGCAGAAGUCUCUGUUAACUGCUGGCGGCAACAGCAUGAUGAGGUAUUCGCUGCCAUCUUCGGGGAACUGCGAUAUCCCUACGCCGUCGACGUUGAUCAACUUGCUCGCAUCCCUGAAGACGCUGCACAAGCUCCUCCUCCUGCUGCUGAACCGGGGAGCGCGCCACUUUCUGGCAGUCACGCAGCCAACGCUUCCCAAGCCGCUGGCCAGUCUGGGAAGCAAAAGGCAGUAAUGAUAGAGCCUGAGGACAAAGAAUCCUCCUCUGAUAAUGAUGACAUGCAAACGGUUCGCCACAGGUCCUCGAGACAUGCUGAAGAAGGAUCUUCAACUGUUGGUGAAGGCACAUCUGCUUCCCAAGCUCCAGCGCCAACUGUUGUGAACCACUCUCCACCUCCUGCGGGCACUGUAGAUAAUGCACAAUUGGCCUCGAUACCAGUGCAGAUCAUAGAUGACAGCUCGCCGGAGGCUGAAAAUAGAGUACUGCUACUGGACGCACCUCGCGAGGAACCAAGCGACGUUCCUGUCCUGGAACAGAUAGCGCCUGACUCAAUUCCUGUUCCCAGCGAAGCUAGCCCAGAGACAAUGCUCGCGAUCAUUGUGUAUGAGCCCCCAAUCGAAGAGGUUCCAAACGUCGUUGGAACUGGGGACGAUGUAGUCGGAGCAGUAGAAGCAGAAGCUGCUGAGCCUAUUCCUAACGUGGUUGAUCAGGAACUUCCUCCCCCUGCCCCCCAAGUCGCUGAAGCUGAAGAAUUGGAAGACCUUCCUGAACCAGCGCCGGAGGUACCUGAACCAGUGCCAGAAGUACCUGUCGCUGAGCCUCCUACUCCCUCUACUUUGGAAAGUGAGAAUAUCACAACUGCCCAUCGUACGGUUGAGGCCACUGAGAUUGGCGCUAUAAAUACCUGCACUCUGGAGAGAUGA